AUGAGACCCAUCGGAACAUCAUCAUUACCAGAAGCCAAUGAGGCUGGAAAGAAAGAUCCCAAAGAAUGCAACCACGUCCAUGAUAAUAAGAAGUCACACGGCAAAGGUCGAAGUAGAUUCAAGGGACGUGGCCGUGACAGCUAUGGCCGGCAAGGAAACCACAAUAACCGUGGUCGUGGUUCCAGCUGUGGCCGAGGCAAUUAUGGCCGUGGUCGAGAGAGCCUUAAGAACAAGAACCCAGAAGCCCAUAUGGUUUAUGAUACCGUGUAUGAUGCUGAUGAUGAUUCCGACCUUGAAAGGGACGACCUCUUGGAUUUUGAGACUUCUGAUUGUCUCAAAGAAUAA